AUGUGGAAUAAGUCAAGAUUGACUGAAGGGGAAUCCCCUUAUUGUUCUAAGAAGACGGACGACAUAUUUGGGGAUGCUAAUGACGAGGAUUCAGGUCGAACCUCAAGCAUGUCAAGAUUAAAGUGUAUUAUGCGCGGAUUGGAUAUGAAAACCUAUCUCUUCCUUUUAGUGUUGGUUCCGAUUUGUGUCUGUGUUAUUUAUGUACAUGGACAGAAGAUCACAUAUUUCUUGCGGCCUAUAUGGGAGAAACCUCCCAAGCCUUUCCAUGAUAUCCCUCACUAUUAUCACGAGAAUGUAUCAAUGAAAAAUCUUUGUAAACUUCACGAUUGGGGUAUACGGGAGUAUCCAAGGCGAGUAUUUGAUGCAGUCUUGUUCAACAAUGAAGUAGACAUCCUUAAAAUACGAUGGAAGGAAUUGGCCCCAUACGUGAAUGAAUUUGUACUACUAGAGUCAAAUUCUACUUUCACUGGACUCGCAAAGCCUUUGUUUUUUUCCGCUAAUCGAGAUGAAUUCAAAUUUGUGGAGUCACGAUUGUCUUAUGGGCAAGUUCCUGGCAGAUUUAAGAGAGGACAAAAUCCAUUUAUUGAGGAAGCCUAUCAGAGACUGGCUUUGGAUUAUCUUCUCAAAAAAGCUGAAAUUCAGGAUGAUGACUUGUUGAUAAUGUCGGACGUUGAUGAGAUACCCAGUCGACAUACGAUUAAUCUUUUGAGAUGGUGUGAUGGAAUACCUCCAAUCCUCCAUCUCCGGCUGAAAAACUAUCUGUAUUCUUUUGAGUUUCCUGUGGAUAACAAUAGCUGGAGAGCUUCUAUUCACAGAUAUCAAUCUGGGAAGACGAAGUAUGCACAUUAUCGACAGUCUGACGACAUUUUGGCUGAUGCGGGAUGGCAUUGUAGCUUUUGCUUCCGACACAUUAAUGAAUUCAUAUUCAAGAUGAAAGCUUACAGCCAUUUUGACAGGGUUCGAUUUUCUCAUUUUCUGAAUCCUAAAAGAGUCCAGAGAGUUAUUUGCAAGGGGGAAGAUUUAUUCGAUAUGCUGCCAGAAGAGUACACUUUCAAGGAGAUCAUAGGGAAAAUGGGACCUAUUCCCCAUUCAUACUCAGCCGUUCAUCUCCCAGCAUAUCUACUGGAAAAUGCUGAUAAAUAUAAAUUUCUCUUGCCUGGAAAUUGCUUAAGAGAUAGUGGCUGA